AUGAACCAGGGCGCCGAGAUUCGCGUUCCUAUGCAUAAGAUUCCCAACGUAGCCUUGGGCAAAGUUCAACAAAGGCACGUCGUGAGGAUAUUCUUCCCCCGGCUCUAUAGUGCAUCCUCACUUGGAGUGGGAGUGUCUCAAGCGGACUUGGCCCUUAUUUAUGACCGUUGUCUUCGUCCUACGAUGGUGGAAGUGAUCCCGGAAUCAACCGACCAAUGGCCGACCUCUUAUGCUACUGCAUACACCCAAUUCAGGAAUCGCUUCGGGACGCUCGCAUUCGGCAGCAUCGACAUUCCAUGGUACAGCUUGCAAGAGGUCGCACAGACCUUGCUAACCAAACUUGGGGACGAAAAGCCCGCAUUCAAAGAUGCCUAUUUUGUGCACGAGCUGAGGGGGACGAAGAAUGCCACCGUGCACAACGGGAGUGAUGAACGCGAGAGACAGCUAGCUUUCGAAGACAUGUUCGAGCAUGUCGAUGUUCGAAACUUGGUUGCGCAAGAUUGGCAGGUGGAUGUUGCGCUCGCCAUUGGCGUACCGGGGCACGUUGUCACCUGGCGCGAGUCCUGCCACCAAGAGCUCCUGAGUCAUCUCAUGCCUAACGCACCCAUACCACGCAUCGAGCGCCUAAUGAAGAACAAGGGGAAUUUUCACCUUGAUCGCGCGUUGCAGGUCAAAGAAUUUGCCGGUUUUCGUGCAAACACAGCCAAUGUUGCAGGUAGCGGGGGCAUAUCGUACGUGCAGGCAUAUUGCACUUCGAAAAACGUAACAUACCAACUCAAUCCUGGAGUAUUCCGCCGACGUCAAGCUAAGGAGCUUCUACAAAAGGAGACGGAAGAGAAGAUCGUACGGGACCUGGACGUCAUGAGUGAGGUCUUUUUUGAAUGCGCUGGCGAACAAGAGGGCGUGGCAGGUCGCGAUGGUUGCGCCCGUUUAGAGAUUCGAGUUACGCUAGACAAGGUCAUGGACUCGCUGUCUGCUCUCCCUGAGGAUCUUAUUGGGCGUUCCGUGGUUGCAAUUGACAGACGGCUGUGGUGGUGA